CGGUCCCGGGAGCACACACGGUCAGUCCGGCCGGUCCCGGGAGCACACACGGUCAGUUCGGCCGGUCCCGGGAGCACACACGGUCAGUUCGGCCGGUCCCGGGAGCACACACGGUCAGUUCGGCUGGCCCCGGGAGCACACAUGGUUAAGGCGGCCGCGGGCGCACAUCUGGCGGGGGAGGGCUGCGAGCCUCGUCCCGCGCCUCGCUGCCUCCUGCGCUUCCAAAAAGUGCAUUUCCGCCCGGGCCGAGCGAGGAGAAGGCUCCGAAGCGGGAGACACCGAUCGGCCACGGGCAGGCUCUGCCCCGGCCUGGGGGAUGCUCUAGGGCAGCAAAGGCAGCGCCGGGAGGGAGCAGCCCUGCCCCAGAGGUGCUGACAUCCUAAGUUGCUGCUCUUGGGCAUUCAUGGGACACAGCUGAAACCAGGCUGAGCAGGAGCAGCAGCACUCGGCCCAGGACUUGGCUGGUCAUCCAGAGCCUGCUGCUCCACUCCACCCUCAGCUCUCCAGGGCACUGCCAAGGCAUGGAGGGGCUGCGGGCACAGAGUGUCCUGCUGCUCUGCCUGCUGCUGUCCUGCCCUGUGGGGAGCCAGACUGGACCCCACCCCGACCAGCAGUGGUGGACAGAUGCUGAAGAGGCCCCGUCCCAGCACCAAGCUGCCAGGGCCACACGGGAGCAGAAGGGUGAUGGUGCCCAGGAGGGGCUGCCCCCACGGCCCCGCUGUGUCCGCUGCUGCCCCCCGCCCGACCAGUACCAGCCUCUGCCUCAGAUCAACAUGACCAUCCUGAAAGGGGAGAAGGGGGACCGUGGCGAGCGCGGCAUCCAGGGCAAGUUUGGCAAGACAGGGGUGGCCGGCAGCAGGGGCCACGCGGGGCCCAAGGGACAGAAGGGCAGCGUGGGCGCCCCGGGGGAGCGCUGCAAGAACCACUACGCCGCCUUCUCAGUGGGCCGCAAGAAACCCCUCCACAGCAAUGACUACUACCAGACCCUCAUCUUCGACACGGAGUUUGUCAACCUCUACAGCCACUUCAACAUGUUCACGGGCAAGUUUUACUGCUAUGUCCCUGGGAUCUACUACUUCAGCCUCAAUGUGCACACCUGGAACCAGAAGGAGACAUACCUGCACAUCAUGCACAAUGGGGCAGAAGUGGUGAUCCUCUACGCCCAGGUGAGUGACCGCAGCAUCAUGCAGAGCCAGAGCGUCAUGCUGGAGUUGCAGGAGCAGGACGAGGUCUGGGUGCGGCUCUACAAGGGCGAGCGUGAGAAUGCCAUCUUCAGCGAUGAGUAUGACACUUACAUCACCUUCACUGGCCACCUCAUCAAGUACAGUGGAGACCCCUGAACACCAGCUCCCCCCCCCAUUCCUCGUACACUGGGCCGGGUGGCCGAGGAGCCCCUGUGCCCUCUCAUCCUGGGCACGCCACCCCCAAUAUGCUGUUAUCCACCCACCUUACUGCCACUACCCUCAGCAGCUGCCUCAAUGUGUG